UCUACACUUCCAUCAUCUUCUUCUCUCCAAAAUUUGACUAUAAACUAUACAACUUUGAGCAUGAAAAGAGCUUAAAAAACAAUCAUGGCAGCAUUUAAAACCAUCAUGAAUCUUCUCUUUUAUAUUGCAUUUGUUUCUUUGUUGCCAUUAAAGACCACAUCAACAUCAAGAACACAAGCAGAAGCACUUAUUAAAUGGAAGCAUACCUUAUCAUCAUCACCAUAUUCAAUGAAUUCUUGGUCUUCAAGAAACAUACAGAAUCUUUGCAACUGGACCGGUGUUACGUGCAAUGAAGGUGGUACAAUCUCCACGAUUAGCCUCCCGGGUUCAUCGAUUUCGGGUACAUUAACAUCUUUUCAGUUUUCUUCAUUCCCAAAUCUGACCCAUUUCGACUUAAACAAUAACCAAGUUAGCGGUGUGAUCCCAUCCGCCAUUCGCAACCUCUCGAGCAUUGUGUACUUGGAUUUGAGCUCGAAUCUUUUCGAAGAUGAAAUCCCACAAGAGAUUGGAAGGCUAACACAGUUAAGAUAUCUUGAUCUUAAUAAUAAUAGUCUUACAGGUGCUAUCCCAAUUCAAAUAAGCAAUCUUCAAAAGGUAUGGUACUUGAAUCUUGGAGGGAAUUACUUGACUGAUCCAAACUGGUCUGACUUUUCAUCUAUGCCCGCGUUGACUUUUCUCAGUCUUUACCACAAUAGACUUGAACAUGGAGUUCUUGAUUUCAUUAUCCAGUCCAAGAAGUUGACUUAUCUUGACUUGUCAGCAAACCUUUUGAAGGGCUCUUUACCUGAAACAUUAUUCAUCAAUUUGCGCAAUCUUGAAUACCUUAAUCUCACAGAUAAUCUGUUUCAAGGUGAGCUGUCAAAGAAUUUUUACAAUCUUACAAAAUUAAAAGAGCUUAGACUAGGAACCAACCAGUUUUCAGGUCCAAUUUUGCAGGAUUUACAUUUAUUCCCCAAUCUUGAAGUCAUUCAGUUGUUUGAAAAUCUAUUUGAAGGAAGAAUCCCUUCUUCUAUAGGUCAGCUUCAAAAUCUUCGGCACCUAGAUCUCAAUUUGAAUCGACUCAAUUCUUCGAUUCCUUAUGAGCUUGGAUUCUGUUCUAAGCUCACAUAUUUGGCGCUCGCUGAAAACUCGUUAUCCGGCGAGUUGCCAAUCUCUUUAUCCAAUCUGACCUUGAUUACUUAUCUUGGUAUCUCUGAAAAUAACUUUUCUGGUGAAAUUUCUUCGGAUUUCAUCACAAACUGGACCAAAUUGGUCUCUUUGCAGGUUCAACAUAAUCUCUUCACUGGUACUAUCCCACGAGAGAUUGGUCUAUUGACAGAUCUCGAAGUUCUUUUUCUAUUCAACAAUAGUUUCACCGGCUCUAUUCCUUUGGAGAUUGGAAACUUGGAAAAUCUGCAACGUUUGCAUCUUCAGUCUAAUAAUCUCAGUGGAAUUAUUCCUGCAGACUUGGGCAAGAACAGUCCGUUUUUAACAAGUGUUAGCUUUUCAUACAACAGUUUCUCUGGAGAACUACCUUCGGGUUUGUGCAGUGGCUUUCGGUUUGAGAUGUUCAUGGUGAAUGGCAAUAAGUUCACAGGGUUGUUACCAGAUUGCAUAAAGAACUGCACGAACCUAAGUCGAAUCAGGCUGGAUGGAAACCAGUUCUAUGGGGACAUUUCACAAGUAUUUGGGGUGCAUCCUAAUCUCAAAGACAUCUUCCUCGGUGACAAUCAAUUCACAGGUGAAAUCAGUUCUGAGUUUGGAAAUUUCAAAAAGCUAUCAACUCUACGAUUGGAAAGAAACAGAAUCUCUGGAAAAAUCCCUCCCGAGCUUGGAGAUUUGCAGCAGCUAGGCGCUCUACGACUAGAACAGAACCAACUUUCUGGCGAAAUUCCAAGCGAACUCGGGAAAUUACACGAUUUGUUCAAUCUCAAUCUCAGCAACAAUUUGUUAAGUGGUCAAAUCCCUCAGAGUUUUGGCAACUUAACUAAACUCGAAGUUCUCGAUUUAUCGGCAAACAAUCUGAAUGGAAGCAUACCAACAACAGUAGGAAACUUUGCAAGGUUAACAAGCUUAAACUUGAGUAACAAUGAAUUGUCUGGAGAACUACCAUCUCAAAUCGGAAACUUAUUCGGAUUAAACUCUCUCUUGGAUCUAAGCAGCAAUUCAUUCUCCGGAAGAAUUCCUCAAGAUCUGUCAAAGCUUAACACACUCGAGAACCUCAACCUCUCACACAACAAUUUCUCAGGUCCAAUUCCUGAAUCACUAGCUACAUUCAUGAUUAGCUUACAAUCAAUCGACCUCUCGUACAACAAUUUGUCAGGUCCAAUUCCGGAUGUCCGCAUAUUCAAACAAGCACCGCCAGCAUCCUUUACUGGAAAUCCACAUCUGUGUGGAUCCGAAAAAGGAUUAUCUCCGUGUAACAUCGAAAGCACACCGACGAAAUCAAGAGAAAAUAAAUUGGUAAUUUUAGUUCUCGUACCAGUUCUUGGUUUCGUUUUGAUAGCAAAUGUGGUUGCUAUGUUCUGUAUAAUUACUCGAAAAGGAUCAAACGAUAUCGACGAAGAGAACACAAGUAAUAACACCGGAAAUUUACCUUCAGAUUUGGUUGUAUGGGAAAGAGAAGGUAAAUUUACGUUCGAUGAUAUUGUAAAAGCCACCGAAAACUUCGAUGAGAAGUAUUGCAUUGGAAAAGGAAGCUUCGGAAGUGUGUACAAAGUGAAGUUACCUACUGGACAGAUCAUGGCAGUGAAGCGGAUGACGAAUUCCGAUGAAAUUCCGGCAAGAAACAAGCAGAGUUUCGAGAACGAGAUACGAGCCUUAACGGAAGUCCGGCACCGGAAUAUUAUCAAACUGCACGGCUACUGUCGCGAAGAAGGUGGGAUGUAUUUGGUGUAUGAAUAUAUGGAGAAUGGUAGUUUGGGGGAUGUACUUUAUGGAGUAGAUGCAAUAUUGAAUUUGGAUUGGGUUACUAGGGUUAAAAUUGUUCAAGACCUUGCACACGCGUUAGCUUACUUGCAUCAUGACUGCAAGCCUCCUAUUGUUCAUCGAGACGUAUCGAUAAAUAAUGUUUUACUCGAGGCUGACAUGGUUCCACGUUUGUCGGAUUUUGGGAUUGCCAAACUGUUGAACCCGAACUCGAGUAAUUGGACUGGUGUUGCUGGAUCCUACGGUUACACGGCACCAGAACUUGCACUCACGAUGAGGGUUACAGAGAAAUGCGACGUUUACAGCUUUGGAGUCGUAGCCUUUGAGAUUCUGAUGGGGAGACAUCCUUGGGAACUUUUAACAUCUCUACAAUCACCAAACUCAACCUCAACUUCCCCAGAUAAUCUACUUCUAUCCUUGAAAGAUAUCCUAGACGAAAGGCUUUUGCCACCAACGGAUAGAGAGGCCGAACAAGUGGUGUAUGUACUUAAGGUUGCUCUAGCUUGUACGUGUGUAUCACCCGAGUCAAGACCUUCAAUGCGCAAUGUUGCCCAAGAACUAUCAGCUAGCACUCAAUUAUAGCCUGCCAAGCAUUUGAAUAACAUUAAACAAGACAAGUUGUUAAGUUUUUGAAAUAGAAAGAAGCAUCCACACUGUUAUAUAGUUAUUUAGACACACACGUGUGGAUACCAACCUAAACUCCAAGGAAGCUCAAGGUGUUGUGAGACCUAAAACAACCUUUGCAGUUUACGCUUAUAAAAUAACAUAUAAAGCAUAUUUUAUCCUUAUAUAAAGUUAUGCUUUUUCAGCUUUGUAUAUAUGAAGCAACUUUUACAACUAGGUUCUUCAAUUACUAUAUAUAAAUUAAUGUAAGUGUUGAGCCAUUUUGAUGUAGCGUGUGAAACGAUAAUGAAGGAUUGAUCACGUUGAUUCU